AUGGCCACCAAUUCACUUACCUUAUCCACGUGGCAACAAGCGCCAUGGAUGCAGCCACUGCAGCCGUCCACGCAAGCGGACAUUGCGGCCACGAGGGUGCAAUCAUGCACGUACACCGCGCGGCGGUCGCGCAUCGGGAGACCAGCCCGUGGAGCGCCAUCCCGCUUCGGCCUCGUGCAACUAGCUGCACCGCGCGGCGUGGCCCAACGUCUUACCACGCGUGCCACACGAGGUUCUGCUGUGCGACGCACCGCCGCGAGUGCAGCAGCCGAUGCCGCUGUGACGAGCGCGCAAUCUGCGGGGGACGUGGCGCUGUCGAUCUCGACGUUCAACAUCCUUGCGCCCAUCUAUAAACGACUGGCGGGCGAGGCGGUGCGCGAGAGCGCGUUCCCCGAGGAGUGGAUGGCACGCAACGAGCGCAUUCUCGCCGCUGUGCGCGCAACCGACAGCACCGUCGUUUGCCUCCAGGAGUUCUGGUUCAAUGCGGACCUGGAGCGCAUGUACCAUGACGCGCUCGAGGCGCACGGCUACCAGCUCUACAAGCUGCCGCGCACCAACGCCAGAGGCGACGGGCUGCUAAUGGCGGUGCGUGGCGGGGAGGGCGUGAGCGUGGCGGACUACGAGCCCAUCCUCUUCAACGACUGCGGGGACCGCGUCGCGCAGCUGCUGCGCCUGCGCAUGCCUGGGGCCGGCGAGAUGCUGGUGGUGAACACGCACCUGCUCUUCCCGCACAACGCCAAUUCCAGCCUCAUUCGCCUCCGCGAGGUGUAUAAGGUGCUGGAGUACCUGGAGCAGUACCGCCAGCGCCACCACCUGCCCGCACUGCCCAUCGUGCUCUGCGGAGACCUGAACGGCACCAAGGCGGGGCGUGUGUACCGGUUCCUGCGGUCACAGGGCUUUGUGUCAUGCUACGACGCCGCCAUGCACCACGCCGACCAUGACACCGCCUGGGUGUCACACCGCAAUCACCACGGGGUGCUGGUUGGCGUGGACUACAUCUGGCUGCUCAACCCCACGGCACAGGACCAGCCCCUCACCGCGGACUGGAAGGCCGCCAUCUUCCAGAUGAUCAAGGCGAAGCUGGGCGAGGCGGGCAUGGAGGAGGAGCGGCAGGCGUUUGACUUCUUCCGCAGCGACAGCGAGGCAGGUGCAGAGGAGCAGGGCGAGGUGGCGGAGCAUGUGACGGUGGAGCAGUUCAACUACGCCAUGGACCAGCUGGGGCUGACGGGUGAGGGCACGGUGGGGCUGACUCGAGCGGAAAUAGAGGAGCUGGUGCAGUGUGUGGACACGGAUGGCAACGGCGUCAUUGACUACGAUGAAUUCAAGACGCUGCUGCUGGCGCCGUCCAUGGAGGAGACGUAUGCACGCAUCAAGCAGGCCACCGGCAUCGUUGAACAGCCCUGGCCCUCCAACCCCCCCGCCCCCGCCUCCACCGCCUCACCAGCCCCUCCGGCCUCCACAGAGCAGCCCGACUCAGCAUCGUCGCGGGACCUGGUGGUGUGUGCAGCACAGCUGCAGCCUGCUGCCAUGGCGCAGGGGGUGUGGCCCGAUGACUACUCCAUUUCUGACCACGCCAUCCUCACUGCCGCCUUCUCUGCUGCACCCACCCAUGCAUAG